CUCCAGCGAAGAUGCUCCACCGGCCGGGUCGGAAAACGGCGAGCAGAAGGCUCGGGACCGCGCUAAUUCCAGGUCUAUCAAAACCAUGCCGGCUGACGCAGAUAGUCCUUCCUUCUUUGCACUCGAGCCGCAGGAAUCAGAACAGCUAGCGCUGUCUGAAGAUGACCAACGUGGACGAGCGCGAAGCGGUUCUUUCGGC